UGAAAAAGCAACUGAAUCGAUACGUUAUUUAAUCUCUGGAGAUAAACACUUCUCACUAGCUCAGGGUUUGUUAAUGGCAAAUAGACAUUCCUGGCUAGAAUAAGCUACUUGUAUUCUAUGUCUAAGAGAUUAAUUAUACAGAUAAGUUACACAAUGAUACGAAAUUAAUAAAUUGUCUUAUCGUUUAGUUUUAUACCAUCCUCAGUUUACGACUGACUACUGUACAAUGGGUAAAUGAAAAAUAAAAGUUUUUGUUUUUUUACUUAAAUUAAAGUGUAUGGACUUACGAAGUUUACAAUUGGCUACUGCCAUUGAUUACCCGAAAUAAUUACUUUACCUUGUGUGGUUUUUUUUUUAAAUACCUUGUAACACAAUUUUAAACAGUAUUACACUAAUAGUAUAUUACAUAAUCAAUGCUACUACUGUAAUACGUUUUAUGUCUCAUACCUCAAGAGUUAUUCAACUUGAGAAAAUAAACUUAAAAAAAAAAAUUGUCUUUAUUAUCAUUGAAAUGAUUAUAAUUAAAAAUAAUAAUUCCCUAUCAUUCGUCAGACUAUUUUUAGUUUUCAGUAUUAUGUAUUUUCAAAUUGUAUUGAAAGGUGUACAAAUGGGAUUUUCGGGUGUCAUGAUUGCUCAACUCCGAGAACCAAACUCAGAAAUUCCAAUAACUGGCGAACAAGCAUCAUGGAUAGCCAGUUCAGUUUUCCUGACGUGUCCUCUUGGCUCGGUUAUAUUUGGAGUGAUCAUGGAUAAAUAUGGCCGUUUAAGAAGCAUGCAAUUAUCAAUGUACCCUUUGAUUGUCUGUUUUGCCUGGAUAUGGUUGGCGUCAAGCAUUACUGACUUUUACUUGGCAAGAUUCAUAGUAGGCUUAGCAGUAGGAUCGGGCAGCAGUGCCAUAUGUCUGUAUAUAUGUGAAACAUGUUCGACAGAGAGCCGUUCAUUUUUCUUGUCGCUGUUCAACAUCAACCAAGCGGUGGGCAUGAUCUUGUCCACGACGUUAAUGCAGUGGAUGUCGUGGCGGUCGGCGUCCGAAGUAUUCUUAGCCGCAUGUGUCGCGUUAACCAUCCUACUGUACAUCGUGCCAGAGUCGCCGGGGUGGCUGCUUAGCAAAGGUAGGUCAGAGGAAUCGGACAGGAUAUGUCGGUGGUUCGGGUUGCCGCCCCUCGAGCUAUCGACGGAACAGUGUGGCCGUUCGCAUGCCAUAACACUCAAAUCGUUCACCAGUCCCGAGGUGUGGAAGCCGGCCGUGCUGUGUAUGACGUUUUUCGUACUACAAAACGCCACAGGGUUCACGGCGUCCUUCGUAUAUCUGGUGGACUUUACUAGAGAAUGCAGAGUGCCGUUCGACGCGGUGCAAGCAUCUGCCUUUCUGUCAUUGGCUCGUCUGAUCGGCGCGUCGCUCAACUCGUUUGUGUUCUAUAACGUGCCAAGGAAGACGCUGACGUGUAUGUCCGGCCUGGGCAUGGCCGCGUCCGCGGCCGUCAUAGCCGCGACGCUGAGGACUUACGACGAUCCGUCGGACUCGCCAACGCCAUGGCUGACGUUCGUAUGCCUUAUAAUGUACAUCAUCUCGGCCAUGAUGGGCGUUUCGUCCCAGCCGUUCACCUUUUGCGCCGAAGUAUUCCCAACGGCCAUCAGCGGUGUUAUGAUGGGCAUCACCACUUCGCUGGCGUACGUGCUCAUGUUCUCUUAUACUAAGAUCUUUCCGCUCGUGAUCAUCGAAUACGGCAUGGAACUCUAUUUAUGGGUGUGCACGUGCGCCGGCGUGGCCGUCUGGUUGUUCGGAUGGUUCUUGUUACCAGAGACCAAGAACAAGACCAAAAAAGAAAUCACCGAGUACUUUUCGAGUAAAUCGACAAAGCCAUGACGGUGGCUUUCACCACCGUCAUUAGAUUGCGAGCCGUCGCUCGCAAUCUAAUUAUAUGUAUACACACGUUGCCAUAAUAUGGUAACACACCAAACGGCAAAAGGGCUGUAGUCAAAAGCAUAAAUCAAUGGAGGUUCGCUGUACAUUUCCAUUUGGCAUUUAAAUUUGCCGUAUUUUAUAAUUGUGUAGCACAGUCACAAUUUAUUAUACUACUGUAUAAUGUAGUAAUUAAUAGUCGAUCAAAUCAGAUGUCUAAAUUAAACAAUGUCAUUUGAAGAACUAAAAAGUAAUUUUUCUAUCAUCCGAAUCGACAAAGAAUUGCCGACUUCUUAGCCACUUUGUGGCCUUCCAAGUACACGAUAUCGACAUACAUGAACGGCUUAUUGCUUUUAAAUACUUUAAGAAAAUUUUACAACAUACUUAUAGUAUACUGUUAAAAAGUGCACUUUUUCUAGAUAACAAUUUGAGGUAGGUAUGCAUUAAUGGGUUGAUUUUUUAUAUCAAGUUAAAGGGAAUUUCCAAAUAAAUAACUUACAACUGUUACUACAUAAUAUAAGCUUUAAUUCAUAAUCGUUUUUAAUUAAGUACGUGUAUACUAUAGUCUAUAAUAUAAAUAUACUAUGUAGUAAGUUAUAACAUACAAUUUGUUUCAGUUAAUUGGAAUGGUUUCAAUUUUGGAAAACUAAAAUUACAAUUUCUUUUUACUUAUAAUGGCAAACACGAACAACACCUUAUUAAAUAACAGUAAUAGAUUUAUCACAUUUAGUUUUUAAACAAAACGAGCGGUGCUAAUGCAGAAAAAUAAAUCACAAAGUAUACACAGUAUUUAAUGGAAUAAUAAAAGUCAAUCAACAAAAUGGAAUACUCAAUAAUAGGAAAUCACAGGCCACAAGGAUUAAAGAAAUACAUAAUUUAGACUAAUAAUAAUCAGUAGUUACAUAACUGACUAAUCAGUUUUCUUGUCUUCUUUUUUGGGAUAUUUAUAAAUUAACGCUAGCUGUAUUCCACACAAUAUUACUGUCGCCACAUUCUGAACCUGUAAAUAAAACCUUUUUAAGUAAGUAAUAAUAAAAUUAUAUGAAUCAUUAAUAAAUAACCGACUUUUAUAAAUAUAUUGUCAAUUAAAAGUCCAUAGACCAGCCAUAAAGAUCCAACCACAGUACCAGAUAAUAUCAUUGGAAAUGGUAACAUUGAUGCAUCUUGUGCUGUAAUAAUUUCUUUCUGCAAAAUAAAUUAUUAUAAGUAAAAUAAAACACUUAAUUAAUUUUAAAUUCAAAUUUUGCAAGGUAAAAGGUUAUUUUUUA